AUGGAGGAUAGCUUUGCGUUCAUAGGGCUAGGUGCCAUGGGAUUUGGCAUGGCAGGCAACAUCCGUCAAAAAAUGCAGGCUUCUGCCACGCUAUACGUCUUCGAUAUUAAUUUAGAAGCCUGCGAAGGGUUCACGGCCAAGUUCGACCAGUUUGGUCCCAUUGAAAUCGCCAAAUCCGUCAAGGAGGCCGCGAGAAAUGCCAAAGUUCUCAUCUCGAGCCUACCAAGCGCCGACGCUGUUCGUGAAGCCUACCUGGGUGAUACGGACUGCUGUAUCCGCACAACCCGGAACCUUGAGCGAUUGAUCCUUGACACUAGCACCAUCGAGCCGUCUACAGCCCGGGAGCUUGCUAAAAAUGUGUCAGAGACGGGGGUUGGGUACUACGUGGACACACCUCUGUCGGGUGGGCCUCAAGCAGCAGCAAGCGGGAAAUUGUCUUUUAUGAUUGGACACACGAAACCUGAGGAAUCUGACCCGAUGGGCGGUAGGAUCCAGCAUAUCCUGGAGAUGUUGGGGGACCCACAGAAGUUGUUCUGGUGCGGCAGGAUUGGGGCUGGUCUGACGGCUAAGAUCAGUAAUAACUACAUUGCCUGCAGUGUCUUGCUUCUGGUGGCGGAAGCCAUGGCAAUUGGGGUCCGGGGUGGCUUGGAUCCGGAGCUGCUAUACGAAGUCAUCCACAAUUCGUCCGGACAGACCUUUAUGGGUGAUAUUCUUCAUACUGUUCAAAAAGCAUAUCCGAACAGUAAUGUCUUUCCGAUUGAUUUGAUGAUAAAGGACCUUGCCCUCGGUAUGAUGGCAGGAAAGGCAGCCGAAGUCAGCCCUCGCAUGGCCCAGAUGGCUUGGAGAAUUUGGCAUGAGGCCGCAGAAAACCCAGAUGUACUCUACUUGGAUGCCUUGAAAGAUUUCAAGCCGGAAUGA